AUGGAGAUGCACCCUAUAGUUGGACUCGGCAUCAUGUGGUGCCAUCCCUUUGGAGGCCAACAACAAUUCGACAUCGCUCAUGUGCAGUUGUGCGUGGAGCAACGUUGCCUCAUUUUCCAAUUCAACGGUACUGAUGGCUAUGGCUCUGUUUCCUCUCUGCUUUCAGGUUUUCUCAAUAAUAAAGAUUUAAAGAUCGUGGGAUUGGGAAUGGAGAAAACUCUGCAAAAGAUUGAAUAUGAUUGUCAGCUUACUGUCGCUUAUGCCUUGGAUCUUGGCAUUUUUGCUGUUGAAAAAUAUAAAAAACCCAAGUUUAGUAAGACUAGUAUAAUGGAAUUGGAAUAUAAACAUGUAGGCAAGGUGUAG